AUGCAGAUCACAUGUUUCUUGAAUAAGGUUCAUAGUCUACUUAUAAGAAUAUGCAACGAUUUUGAAGACGAAGACAUAAGAGAGAGAAAUUAUCAGCGAUACAAUGUUGAAGAUCUAUACUUUAAUCCAAACGAAAGGUUAUGGCGAUUUGAUUUUGUGUGCUCGGUCUCUAAGGCUGAAUUCACCAUUUAUUCCUCCGAUACCCAAUGUUGUAACAAUUUAAAAAUGGACAAAAUGUAUUGCCUCUGCGAAGCUGUUAUCCCAACUUUUGGCCAAAAUUUUGACUUUUUUAAACUUGGCCAACUCUUUCACGCAUGUGGCGAUGUAAAACCUCCUGGUUCUUACUGCGGAGUAUACAAAAUUCCUGGUGGGGCUUAA